AUGGCGAAAAACGUUCAGUUGAAGUUGCUACAAAAGAGAGAGAGGCAAAUAGUGCUUCUCAUGGACAGUGUCGACCGAUUCAUACAGAAUUACGAACCAGAACGUGAUGAGUGUCAGAUUAGUUCUAGGCUUGAGGCCUUAGAACCUGUGUUUGAUGAGUUUCAUGAAGUGCGCAGUAAAAUCGAGCUGAUCUUUUAUGAAAGUGAAGAGAUGAAGGCCAAGGAGCUCUACGGUGACGCCAAAGAUGAAGCUGAAGCCCAACGUGAGGAAGAAAACGACAUGCUGCUGCUGAGUUUCGAGGACCGUUUCUUCCAGUUGAAGGGUGCUCUAUCGAAACUUCAACAAAAACGUGAACGAGCUCCAAACGACGACAAUUCCUUUCAUCAUCAAGGCCAUGCCUCCAUGGGGUCAAGAGUUAAGCUGCCAGAAAUCCGAUUGCCCAGUUUUAGUGGAAAACUUCGCGAAUGGAUCUCAUUCCGCGACAGUUUUCAAAGUUUGAUCCACAACAACGAUCAACUCGCACCCAUAGAAAAGUUCUCAUACCUCAGGUCAUCAUUGAGCGGCGAGGCACUCGAAGAAGUUCUCUCUAUCGAACUCUGA